UCACGUGUUCCGCUUUGUCGCACUUCGUACAAUAAGUUCGAUCUGAUCCACAAAACGAUAGACUCCUAGUAACCGUGAAUACUCAAAACGUUGGAACGGUUAAAUAUACUGCGCCACGCUACACCGCGACUUCCACGGGAGGGCAUGAUAGACAAUUUCAUCGCCUGCACAUUGCCCAAUUCCUGAACUGCGCUUAGUGCCGAUAACUGUAUCAUACAGUUGGAGCCAUUGCAGUACGUUAAUUUACUGCAUCAAGUACUGUGGACCUGAUCGUAACGGCGCUAAUACGGGCAGCACAUUUUCUGGAUAGUAACAGUUCAUCAUCUUCUACAGCAAUGCGCAACUACGUACUUCGUAAGCGCAUUUAAUUUACACGAAUUUAUUGCCAGCGGAAGUUCAGUGCGGCAACCACAGAACUUGUUACUCUGGAAUAUUUUCGGAAUUUUUCACCUUUCAGUUACAAAUUGAAUUACCUGCAAGGCGUUCCCCGAGUAUUCAGGCUUGCCGCACAGCAAAGGAUGCAUCGCUGUCACAUGUGACACCAUGUGGUUCGUGGAUGCCUUCGCGAUCGCCUCGCAACCCUGGAGAAAAAACCCAUGCUCCGAAUUUUAUUUUACGUUAAAUUAAUUCGAGUAAUUUUGAGUUAAAUUUACUGGAGCCAACAGUAACACAUCUAGUUCAUAGUGGCGUUAACAAGCAGCUUCAACCCAUUCGCAUGGAAAAAGGACUCACUUCAGUCAUUUGGGCAGGGCAUCCAAAGAAAAGGUCGGUUUCCAAUAGUACCUGUUCCUUGUGGGAAGAAUAGAUGUGACCUCUCAUUUGGUCAGCGUUUCGGAGGAGGUUAUCUUUACAUGGUUCAAGAUUGCAGACGUAAUGCAAGCAGUUCUUCUGCAAAAUCAGCACCGUUCUGCAGGCCACGCCAUCGUAACAUCCCUGUCACGACCCUGUGUACCACAUUUACGGUGGACGAGACACAUAAUAUUAUAUCACAUGCUGCACAAUACAUGACCUCUAUGACGGUAGGUUGGAUGAAUUUAUCUGGAAUUGUCUGGCUAGGAAACGGUCGAGUCGGAUCAAAUACCCAUUCCGGAAACGUUUUACGCCCAUUCAAAUGCUUGAGCAUGGCAUUCCUUUUAUCAAAACGGCUAAACAAGGCAGCUGUGCAGCAUGGACAGAGAGAUACGGACGGAAAAUCAAGGGAACAGAGAUAUAUAGAAUGGUGGAAGCCAAUCAGCAAUAACCCGGCAAUUAUUAAAUCCAAAACUCCGCCCCUGCCGGCGCCAACCACGGGCGCCGCCGCCGGCGAUUCGAAUACACCGACCAAAGUGUUACCAGACGCUCUGUGGGCCACAGGCUCCAGGAUUAUCGGCGGUGUGGAGGCGCAGGAAGAAAGCUGGCCGUGGAUUGUGGCACUCAUCCAGUUCCGGCCGGAAUACAUGCCGCCCGUCUACCAGUUUUGUGCUGCCAGUCUGAUUAGCGAUCGCUGGAUCGUGACUGCCGGUCACUGCGUGGACAACCACCCCGACGACUUCCUCACCACCCACAUUAAAGCGGUGGUCGGGAUUACCGACAUUAAACAAGUGCUCACCCAGCCGGAGCUACUGCUGCCCAUCUCCCGGGUUUUCCACCAUCCGGACUACGACAAUCCCAAGGACAACACUAACAAUGAUGUGGCCCUGCUGGAGCUGGCGGAGCCUGUCAAGUUCACCUCGCGUAUCCAGCCUAUCUGCUUGCCGACGCAUCCGUCCACGGAUCUGGCCAGUGCCGCCAAUAUUGACAAAGAACGCGACGGAAAGAAAGUGGCAUUUGUUGCUGGAUGGGGGCAUUUGGUGGAAAACCAAGGACGGAGCGACAAUAAUUUCGCCGUUCCUAUCUUGAUCUUGGGCAUCGGUUCGGAUAAACUGCAGCAAGUGGCCAUUGAUUUGUAUGACCGGACUACGUGCUUUAAACAGCUGGAAGAGUUCACAUUCACUGAUUGAUGCUUUAUUCGGAUUGUAUCAUACUGGUAUAUCUAUAUGUACUGGUAUAUCCGGCGCAAAAAUAACUAACUGCCGUGAAUUUGUGGGUUUGUGGUGGCUUCCGGGAAAAUUGGAAAAAUUCCUGCCAAGGCGACAGCGGUGGCCCGUUGGUGGCUAAGGACAAGGAUGGGCACCACGAGCUGAUCGGAGUGGUGUCGUGGGCCGACGUGGGGGAAGGGCUGCGCGCAGCCCGGUGUGCCGGGAAUCUAUGCGAAUGUGUUAUAUCUAAAGAACUGGAUUGAAAGUACUAUUGUCAACGCCACUAAAAAGGCAUAAAUUACCUAUAAGCAGUAAAAAAUGUCUUAGCAAUAAGUUUAAUCGAUAUCACCGCAACCGUAGCGCAUAUGAAGAAGACUAUACGUGGCUAUUCAUAUGCACUACGCCGCAACUGACGAAGACCACGAUUAGCUGACUACAAUAUACUUUGCUCGUAUUGCU